UGUGGCCGCCCGUCCUCGUAAUAUCCUCUCCUCUCCCUUCUUCCGUGGUCCAUCUUUCCGUUUCCAACGCUGAUCUCCCAUCGGAUUUCUCCCAAUUAGCACCGAAGAUUGGAAUUCAUUUGUCGUGAUCGAGGAGGUUUUAGUUUGAGCCUAUCGUUGGUUCUCUUCCGUGAGUUCUCUUCUUCUUUCGUCGCCGUCAGUGGUCGCGGGAGUUUCGAUCUCUAGGGGUCGAUGAGAUUUCUCCAUUCCGCGAUUCAGGUGGGAGAUGGCUUCUUCCCCGUCGAGUUCGGUGUCCGUGGAGUGCGCGAACCUCUGCAAGCUCUAUAAAGGAGAAGGCGGCGGGUGGUACGAGUGCAGCGUGCUCUCUUGUGCCUGGAAGGCGCCGAGGGUUCUUACUGGUUCUCUCGCCAGCACUACCUUGCCGCGGUGCUCGGCUCACCAUCGUGAUGAGAAGGUUAGGGUGAGGAGAAAGCGCUGGUUGUGCCAGGUGAAUGCGGCUAGAUCUGAAGACCUUAAUGAGGGACAGUUGCGAUGUACCAACUCUGUUGAUUUUUCAGUAUAUGAAUGGUCUUCUAGAUCACAUAUUACUCUUCAAACAAGCAAAAAAUGGAGGCUUGGUUGUGCUUCAUCAAAUUCGAGCUUCUCUGAUAGCAUUUCUCCUGAUUCAUUGUGGGAGGACCUGAAACCAACUAUUUCUUAUCUUGCACAAGAGGAACUGAAGUUAGUACAUGAUGCUUUGAAGCUUGCGUUUGAAGCACAUGAUGGCCAGAAACGGCGAAGUGGGGAACCCUUCAUUAUUCAUCCUGUUGAAGUUGCACGGAUACUCGGAGAACUUGAACUGGAUUGGGAAUCCAUUGCUGCUGGUUUGUUACACGAUACUGUUGAAGAUACAAAAUUAGUUACAUUUGAUAGGAUAGAGAAGGAGUUUGGUGCUACUGUACGACACAUUGUGGAGGGAGAGACCAAGGUGUCCAAGCUGGGAAAACUAAAGUGCAAAAGUGCAGAUAGUUCAGUUCAAGAUGUAAAAGCUGAUGACUUGAGGCAGAUGUUUCUUGCAAUGACAGAAGAGGUUCGUGUUAUAAUUGUCAAAUUGGCUGAUCGUUUACAUAAUAUGCGUACUCUAUCCCACAUGCCUCCACAUAAGCAGUCCAGCAUUGCCUUAGAGACACUUCAAGUGUUUGCACCUUUAGCAAAGCUUUUAGGGAUGUACCAAAUUAAGUCAGAACUAGAAUAUCUGUCUUUCCUGUAUACAAAUCCUAGCGACUUUGUGGAGCUUAAGAAAAGAGUCGAAGAUCUUUAUAGAGAUUAUGAGAAAGAACUAGAUGAGGCUAAGAAGAUCUUAAGGCAAAGAAUCGAAGAGGACCAAUUUUUGGAUCUUGUUUCAGUGAAAACAGAAGUGCGGUCUGUCUGUAAAGAGCUGUACAGUGUGUACAAAGCUGUGCUGAAAUCGAAGAGGUCAAUUCACGAGAUCAACCAAAUUGCACAGCUCCGAAUUAUUAUAAGACCGAAAACCUGCAAUGGAGUUGGACCUCUGUGUAGUGCACAACAGAUAUGCUACCAUGUUCUUGGCCUUGUUCAUGAAAUCUGGACCCCCAUACCUCGAGCUAUCAAAGAUUAUAUUGCUACUCCAAAACCCAAUGGCUACCAAAGCCUCCAUACCACAGUGAUGCCCUUUCUUUAUGAGAGCAUGUUCCAUUUGGAGGUUCAGAUAAGAACAGAGGACAUGGAUUUAAUAGCUGAAAGAGGUAUAGCUGCUCAUUACAGUGGAAGAGUAGUUCCUGGUUUGGUAGCAAAAGAAAUACCUGGUGGGAGAAAUUCAAAAGGAAAGACCACUUGCUUGAACAAUACUGAUUUUGCUCUCAGGAUUGGUUGGCUCAAUGCUAUCAGAGACUGGCAGCAGGAGUUUGUUGGUAACAUGAGCUCUAGGGAAUUUGUUGAUACUGUCAUGCGAGACCUGUUGGGUAGUCGGGUGUUUGUUUUUACGCCAAAAGGAGAGAUAAAAAACCUCCCCAAGGGUGCAACUGUGAUUGAUUAUGCUUAUAUGAUUCACACUGAUAUUGGAAACAAUAUGGUCGCAGCGAAGGUCAAUGGUAAUCUUGUUUCACCCAUGCAUAUCCUUGCCAAUGCUGAAGUUGUCGAGAUAAUCACCUACAAUGCUUUAUCAAGCAAAUCAGCUUUCCAAAGGCAUCAGCAAUGGCUGCAGCAUGCAAAGACUCGAAGUGCCAGACACAAAAUCAUGAAAUUUUUGAGGGAGCAAGCUGCACUUGCUGCAACUGAAAUAACUGCAGAUACGGUUAACGAUUUUGUUGCCGAUCUCAAGGAUGGGGGUGAAUAUGAACAGACGUUUUCCAGGUCUCCAUCGAACGAAAGAAAAUCCAUAUGGGAAAAGAUGCUUGCGAUUGCCAAGGAAUCAACUUCCACAGAGAGAAAGCAUGACCUUUUACCUGUUCGGAACACUAGUGACUUGCCUAAAAUCAAUGGAAAGUACAACAAGAUUGUGCAGAAAAUGUGUAUGAAGAUCAAUGGCAAUCCAAUGACCAGAGAUGAUGCUUUUAGUGAGUUUAUAUAUGGAAAGAUUCCUACAUAUAAAGAGGUGUUACCUGGUUUAGAAAGCUGGAAAGCAGGCAAAAUUGCAUUGUGGCACCAUGUUGAAGGCAAUUCAAUUAUGUGGUUUUGUGUAGUAUGUAUCGAUCGCAAAGGUAUGAUGGCUGAAGUUUCAUCAGCACUGACGGCUGUUGGGAUUAGGAUAUGCUCUUGUGUGGCAGAAAUUGACAGAAGAAGGGGUAUGGGUGUAAUGUUGUUUCAUUUUGAAGGAACACCGGACAACCUGGUGAAUGCAUGUUCGAGUGUGGAUGUGAUCCUUGGUGUUUUGGGUUGGUCUGCUGGCUGUAGCUGGUCCAGUCCGAUGGACGACCACAAUUUUUUGUGAAUACUGCAGGAGCUCAGCAAUGUUAUGAUGGUAAUCAGUGAACGAAAUGUAUUUCUCAGCACUAAUUUUGUAAUGAGGUUGUAGAGCGUAGAUAGAGUCGAAGAGGUUUUGGAUUUAUUUGUUGAAACCGAUACAAAUAAACAUGAGCAGAUGGUUGAGUUAGCCUGUUGAUCAGCAACAUGUACAUAGGUUAAAGAGUAUAAAACAAGACAUACGAUCAUAUUUUGAGCCUUGUUAUUGUAAGCAUGAUGGAAUAAGCUGAUAUUUCAUUUGCUUUAACAGUUGAUGAAGUCAUAGAAUAAGUAUAGAAUGAAAUCAUCCUUUUGAUUGAG